ACAACCCUUGGCGUCCGGAUGACCCUCAAAGAGGGACUCCCACUGGAAAGCUUUCCCCACCAGCUUCGGCUCGGCGGGGGCAACGUCUUGGUAGUGGUCCUCGGGCGCGCACCGAUAUGUCACCGUUGCCGUCGCACAUGGCAUAUUCGCCGUGAUUGCAAGGCGCCUCUGUGCUCCGAGUGCCGCGUCAUCGGACACGAGACCAGGGGUUGUGUCAAGACCUACGCCCGUGUAGCCGGCAGCAGAGCCACCGAGGAAGCUUCCGAGCUGCUGAUGGACGAAGAGGAGGCGGAGGAAGCAGCAGCACGGGUGUCCCCGAAGGAGCUGCCAGGACAGAGCCAGCCGCAAGGAGAACAGGGGGGCUCAAGAGAGGUAGAGGCCGGGGCUUCUCAAUCGGCGCCAACGCUCAAGACGGCUUCAGAAGGAAGCUAUGAAGCCUCCGACAAGGAGGGGAAGGCGACGCCGGAAGACACCGUAGAGGACCCUCAGCCCAAAGAUAGUGAAGAUGUCAAGGGUGGCGACGAAGACAUCGUCAUGACCACUGAAAACUGGGCGGUGAAACGAAGGCUGGAUGACUCUGCAUCUGGGAGUGGGGAGGCAAAGCUGCGCCUCGAACGGGAAUGGUGCGGCAAAGUGGGGCGGUACAAGUCCCGGCCUGAGUGACCGAAACGCCGCACGGAGUACACGAAGUGAGUUCUCUCGUACGCCGCUAUUCGUCUCACACUCUAAGUGCCGUGCUCUCGUACUGGCCUCCCUC